AUGAAAAAGGACAAUAAAUCAUUCCAAACCUACCUAAAAGAAAUCGAGGAUCCGAAAAACGACCGAGAAAUCAAUCGCGACUUACCACUUCAUCCUACCCCGCUCCAGGUAACCAAAUAUAAACUUUGUAAGAAAAUCUUGGCCUAUCAGUUAAAGCAUAACUUAACUGAUGAACAAUUAAUCCAAAAACUAGACUUGAGUCAAGCGGAAAUAGAGGAUAUUCUAUUCUGCGAAAUUGAAAGGUUCACUGUCGAUAGGUUAAUCACUUAUGCUAGUCGUUUAUUUUCCCCACACUACAUAGAAGUAAUGGUAGAAGAGAGACCAGAAACUGUUAAUGCUCCAACUGCCUAA